GGGCCUCUCACUUAGGAGCUUCUCCAUUCUGUCAGCUCUCCCGGAACGUCCAAGGCAAGACUGGCACCCAGCGCACGAGGCAGCUCCCCCAGGAACUAUGGAGUCCUUCAGCUCAAAGAGUCUGGCACUGCAGGCGGAGAAGAAGCUCCUGAGUAAGAUGGCCGGUCGCUCUGUGGCGCAUCUGUUCAUGGACGAGACGAGCAGUGAGGUGCUCGAUGAGCUCUACCGCAUUUCCAAAGAGUACACGCACAGCCGGCCACAGGCACAGCGGGUGCUCAAGGACCUCAUCAAGGUGGCGGUCAAGGUGGCCGUGUUGCACCGCAGUGGCUGCUUCGGCCCCGGUGAGCUGGACCUGGCCGCCAGCUUCCGCCAAAAGCUGCGCCAGGGUGCCAUGACGGCACUCAGCUUCAGUGAGGUGGACUUCACCUUCGAGGCGGCAGUACUGGCCGGCCUGCUGACUGAGUGCCGGGAUCUGCUGCUGGAGCUAGUGGCAUGCCACCUCACGCCCAAGUCCCAUGGCCGCAUCCGCCAUGUGUUCGACCACUUCUCCGACGCCGGCCUCCUCACGGCCCUCUAUGGGCCAGACUUCACUCAGCACCGGACCAAGAUCUGCGAUGGGCUCAGGAAGCUGCUGGAUGAGGGCAAGCUCUGAGGGCCCAAGCCCCAGGGCCGUCCACCCGAGCCGUGUGGCCGGACUGAGAAAGUGACACCAAAAGGGCUCUCUUGCCCUGCUUGGUGCACUGAUGCUUUUCAAGCCUCAGGCUUCAGUCUUUCCCCAGAGUGCUUUUGCCUCUGAGACAACCCCACCCCCAAACUGCUGGUGGAGAAGCAGCAAAGCUGAGUGUUGACGCCUCUCCCACUCCAGCCCCGGGACAGGAAGCAAAGCUGCCUGAAAAAAGACGAAGUGAAACUUGGAUCUCUAUCUCCCCCCAACCAAGGGACAUUUGAAACAGGGAAGCCCCCCUCCCUGGUGAACCAGGGGAAGAGGGCAUAGCUCAUCUAACCCUUCAGGGGACACUAAAGACAGAAGGGGGAAUGGGAUCCCAGACCUCCAGCUCCAGGCAGAGCCUGGACAGAUACCGGAGGCUUUGUUCCAGAGCGCAAGAAGAAGGGGUUAGGGCAGUGGAGAGUCUCACAGGGGAAAUAAAACUACUAAAACAU